AUGACGGCAACUGACCAGCAACCAGCAGGAGAUCCUGCUCUGCACAAGCUAAAACCGGGGGUUGUCUAUCAGCCGUUGCUCAAUAGCAUUCCUCCCCAGUUACUCCCACGAUUUGAUCCUGUGUACGUCGAGCACUAUAAUCGCUACAACGUUGGCCGGCUCCAUACACACCAGAUUCCGAUAGAAGAAUUUAGAGCCAACCCACAAAAGUACCAAAUUGUAUACGGCCGCGCCGCUGCACCAGAUAUAUACAAGAUCACAGAGCAGAAAUGCUCUGUAAAAGGAGGAGAAAUCACGAUUCGGAUCUUUGAGCCCAAGCCAAUACAAGGAGCUGACGGCAAACCUAAGAAGCGAGGGUCAUACAUCAACUUCCACGGUGGAGGGUGGGUGUUUGGAAGUCUCAUCGUAGAUCAUCAUUCCUGCAAACGCAUUGUGCAUGAUUUAGGGGGAGAUGCUGUUGUUUUUGACGUAGAUUACCGUCUGGCCCCUGAAUACAAAUACCCCACCGCAAUUGAGGAUUGCUGGGCUGCUUUCCAAUGGGUACGCUCGAAAGCCGAAGUGUUUAACCUUGACACCAACCGGAUGGCUGUUGGAGGAGCUUCCGCUGGUGGCCACUUGGCCGCCGUGGUUGCCCAUCUCUGUCGAGAUAAUGAAUUUCCACUUAGCCUUCAAAUCCUCACGGUACCUGUGACGGAUAUGCACAGCUCCUUCACACCUGAUGGCAAAUUUGACCGUGAAAACACUCCGUACGAGUCUUAUCGCGAGAUGGAGUUCACUCCUGCCCUUCCUGCGGAGAGGAUGGCCUAUUUUCAUAGGCACUGGCUCGGUGUUCUGCGGCCUGAAAAAUCUGACGAUGAUUGGAAGAUAUCUCCGAUCCUUGCGCCUAAUUUUGCUAACCUUGCUCCCGCACUGGUUUGGACUGCGGAAAUGGAUCCUCUGCGUGACGAGGGUGAGGCGUACGCUGCGAAAAUGAAAGCUGCAGGAGUUCAAGUGGAAUUGAUUCGUGUGCCAGGCGUUCCGCACACAUUCAGUGGCUUGGACGAGAUAUUGGAAAGCGCAAAGAUGUUCCGUCGAAAAUGUGUUGAAGAGCUGAGAAAGAGCAUCGGGGGAUAA